AUGUUCUCCAAGUUCACCUCCAUCCUGCAGCACGCCGUGGAGGCGCUCGCACCUUCCCUUCCAUUACAAGAAGAUUUCGUUUACCACUGGAAAGCAAUCACCCAUUACUACAUAGAGACAUCAGAUGACAAAGCUCCUGUGACUGAUACCAACAUUCCUUCUCACCUGGAACAGAUGUUGGAUAUUCUAGUUCAAGAGGAAAAUGAGAGGGAAUCAGGUGAAACAGGACCAUGUAUGGAAUAUUUGCUACAUCACAAGAUUUUAGAGACACUCUACACACUGGGAAAAGCUGAUUGUCCUCCAGGAAUGAAACAGCAAGUUUUGGCUUUUUAUACAAAACUGCUUGGAAGAAUACGGCAACCUCUUCUUCCCCACAUAAAUGUGCAUAGGCCAGUGCAGAAGUUAAUCAGGCUUUGUGGUGAAGUUCUGGCAACACCAACAGAAAAUGAAGAAAUUCAGUUUCUCUGUAUAGUGUGUGCAAAGCUGAAACAGGAUCCAUACCUGGUCAACUUCUUCCUUGAGAAUAAGUUAAAAGCAAUGGCUUCCAAAGGAUCAGUAAGUGUAAUCACAGAAGACAUGCUAAAAGGCCAAGACUCUUUGACAACAGACACGGGACAGCCUGUUCAGCCUGAAGAAAUACCUAGUGCUGCUGGAGCAGAGCCAAUGGAGAAGGAAGAUGACCUCCCACAGCAGGCAGAUGAUCUCUCUUUCAGUCUGGAUGAACUAAAUGUCACAUCAUCACCUGAGUCCUCCACUGCUCGUCCAAAUCAAGACUAUAAUUUAGUGAAUUCUCUACUAAACCUCACUAAAAGUCCAGACGGCCGGAUAGCAGUGAAGGCCUGUGAAGGCCUCAUGCUUUUGGUGAGUUUGCCAGAACCAGCAGCUGCCAAGUGCCUGACUCAAAGCACUUGUUUAUGUGAAUUGUUGACAGACAGGCUGGCCACCCUCUACAAAGCCCUGCCUCAGUCACUGGAUCCCUUAGACAUUGAAACAGUGGAGGCAAUUAACUGGGGUUUGGAUUCCUAUAGCCACAAAGAAGAUGCAUCUGCUUUUCCAGGGAAAAGAGCGUUGAUUUCAUUUCUUUCAUGGUUUGACUACUGUGAUCAACUCAUCAAAGAAGCACAAAAGACUGCUGCUGUUGCUAUGGCAAAAGCUGUGCGGGAACGAUUUUUCAUUGAUGUUAUGGAACCCCAGCUGAUGCAAACGUCAGAGAUCGGAAUCCUCACAUCAACUGCACUAUUGCAUCGCAUUGUGCGUCAAGUGACUUCAGAUGUCCUGCUGCAGGAAACAGUUUAUUUUAUACUUGGAGAACACAGAGAGCCAGAAACUUUGACAGACAUCAACAGACAUCCAUUGCGACACAGGUUAAUCGAACACUGUGAUCAUAUUUCUGACGAGAUCAGCAUAAUGACUUUAAGAAUGUUUGAGCACCUUUUGCAAAAACCCAAUGAGCACAUUCUUUAUAAUUUGGUUCUGAGAAAUUUAGAAGAAAGAAACUAUAUGGAAUACAAGUCCCUCUGUCAAGAAGAUAAAGAUGUGGUAGAGAAUGGACAGAUUGCAGGAGCAGUAGACCUAGAGGAAGAUCCGUUAUUUACUGAUCUGUCUCCAGAUAAUACAUUGUCAACUCAAGAGUGGCUCAGUGCUUCUCCACCUGUCAGUCCAGAACAUCCAAAAAAUGAUGGGAAGACUGAAGUUCAUAAAAUUGUAAAUAGUUUUCUCUGUCUUGUACCUGAUGAAGCUAAGUCAUCAUACCAUGUGGAGGGUACAGGUUAUGAUACUUACCUCAGAGAUGCCCACAGACAAUUCCGAGAUUAUUGUGUCAUCUGCUUGCGGUGGGAGUGGCCUGGAUCUCCCAGAUCUUUGGAAAAGUGCAAUUUAGAAGCAUCGUUUUUUGAAGGACACUUCUUGAAAGUCCUGUUUGAAAGAAUGGGCAGGAUUCUUGAUCAGCCCUAUGAUGUAAAUUUACAAGUUACGUCAGUGUUGUCCAAACUGUCCUUGUUUCCCCAUCCUCAUAUACAUGAAUACCUUUUGGAUCCUUAUGUAAACCUAGCCUCUGGCUGCAGGUCUCUCUUCUCUGUUAUUGUAAGGGUUGUUGGGGACCUCAUGGUUAGAAUCCAGCGUAUCCCAGAUUUCACUCCCAAACUUCUGCUGGUCAGAAAACGCCUGCUGGGCUUGGAGCCGGAAGGGCCCAUCAUUGACCACAUGACGUUACUAGAGGGCGUGAUUGUGCUGGAAGAAUUCUGCAAAGAGCUGGCAGCAAUUGCAUUUGUGAAGUAUCAUGCCUCAUCUACACCAUAAGCAGCCUUGAUGAGUAGCCAGGCUGUAAAACCACCUAGCCUGUUUCAGUCGAAGAGACUAUUGACAACACCCAGAUGAGAAGAGGUGGUGCCUCCUGGCAAAGUGUCAGUUGACAUUUGGCAGAAUUGGAAGACCAGUUACUUUCACCAGAUGUUGACACUGCAAGAGAAAGGGAUUCAAAUGGACCUAGAAUAUGAUUGAAGGCAUUUUGGCAGAAACCAAUACAUAGCAUUUCUAGCCACUGUGUGAAGAGUUGCAAAAGCUGCAUGAAGAACCACAGACAUCAGACCUUGGUUAUUUUGUUAUAAUGACAAUGUUUAGAGAGUUGGGUCUUUUGUAUCUUCUGGGGCUCACAUGCGCCAAUGCGCUUUUUGUGACCAUGCUACUUUUAAA